GAGGAAUUGUUGGCAGCCCUGGCGGAUACGUCAUAAAUCAGCGAAGAAGAAGAAGAAGAGAAGUGCUUUUCACUCCCAUUUUUCAGGAUUGGCUUACGCCAAUUUUAUUUUCGGCUUUUCCACCAAAAUAAACCUACUUUCGGCUGUGUUUGGUUGGGUAGCUCUCUGCACCCCAACACCCCGCUCUAAUUUAGUGAAUUUGUAAAGUUCUCCGGUGUUCUCCAUAGACGGAAAAUUAAGUUCAAAUUUGAACGUAUUUUCUUUCUUAUCAUUGUGAAAAAUCAUGGCUGCUUUCUAAGAUGUCUCCAACUAAAGUAAAUGGUUGUUUGACUCCGUGUGGAGGAUAUUUCCACUUCGACGUGAAUUGUGUGGGGAUCUAUCGAGGGGAUGGAGAAGAAGACAAAUAUUCGUGUGACUCAUUUGGUGCCCAAGGGGCCACCAUCGUCGUCUGAGUCCAAGAAACAAGACGUUAGUAAGCAGUGGCCAAAGAAUUCACGCAGACGUGAGCCAAAUGGUCACUCCGGAUCGAAAGAUCCAACCCGCAGCAAACCCCCAAAUGGGCACCAUCAGCAGAGGAUUGACAAGAAGCCACCCCGUGGACGUGGGAAUCAGCAGACGAGUCCACAAGGCACUGGGAAGGGUGGGGACCUGGAGGCGUCUGGAUCCAGCUCCGGAUUAGGUCUGGAGGAGGAUCCAGUGGCCCAAUAUGAGUUGAAUUCAGUCUUUUUGCCCGGAAGCAAGAAGCAAAAUCUCAAUCAUCUGCUGAACUUUCACUAUGCACCACGCAAGGUCAAUUCCUUCACGAUGUCCCGGGAGCCAAGGGGAAAAUUGUGGAGCGGCAAGAAGGUGCAUUUCAACAAAGAGCAGUUUCUUCAAGCAAAUUGUCAAUUUGUGGUGAAGUCAUCUGGAGAGUAUGAGGUUCACCGUGGAUGCCCGGACACCCUGGUGAAGUGGGAUCAGAUCGAACAGGUGAUAAUCCACAGCAAUGAGGAUACUCAGUGUCCCAUCUGCCUCUAUCCUCCGGUAGCUGGGAAAAUGACCCGUUGUGGCCAUGUCUACUGUUGGCCCUGUAUCCUCCAUUAUUUGGCCCUGUCUGACAAAUCCUGGCGCAAAUGUCCCAUCUGCUACGAGCCCAUCUACGUGGCAGAUCUCAAAAGCGCCGUAGCCAAUUACCAUCAUGAAUUUAAGAUCGAUGAAGUUGUUACCCUGAAGCUCAUGAAGCGCAAGAAGGGCUCUUUGAGUGUGACUGAAGCCUCAAAGGAUGCCCAGGAUUCAGACCCUUUGCCCCAUUUCUUCGAAUCCAAAGACUUGAUUGUUCAUUCAAAAUUGAUUUUGGCUGAUUUCGAGGAGAUUCUCUCGAUUUUGGAACAAGAACAACGUCAAUUGUUGCUUCAGAUGGAAACUGAUGGACCCAAUGGUCUAAAUUGUCCAGAAAUGAUCUUUAUCCAGCAAGCUCUGGACCUUCUGGCUGAAAGAAGAGCAUCCCUGAAUAAAUUGCUAGUUCAGAAGGGAACGGAAGAAGAUAUCGAACAGAUUUUGAAGGCCGAAAAGGAAGUAUUUUCUGAAGAUAAUUCUGAGCAGGAGGAAAGGGAAGAAACUCCCGAAGAUACUUCUAAUUUCUUCUAUUUCUAUCAAGCUGUCGAUGGUCAGAAUUUGUACCUCCACACAGUGAAUAAUCGCAUGAUUCAGGCCCAAUUUGGGGAACUAUGGAAGGGUCCUGAGAUGCUGAGUGGACGAAUUGUACAGAAAGACAGCUUCACGAUGGAUGAGACGCUGCGCAAGAGAUUGAAGUAUCUUCAGCAUUUGCCCAUCACUUGCCAGUUUGACGUUGUGGAGAUUGUCUUUGACACGCCGAUUGUCUCACGGGAGAUCAUGGAGACGUUCGAUGAGGAGCUGAAGCAGAGAGCUAAGAAUCGGCAAGUGCGCGCCAGAGAGGAAAGGAUCAGGGAGAUGAAGAUCAAUGAAGUUUACGAUCGGCAAAUGGGGAAGAUGCUGGCUCAAGCGGUGGACAUUGACAUUGGAUCGCCCAAGGAUUUCCCUUCGUGCGGAAGUUUCACCGAGAGACCCCCUGAGAUGAUGAUGGAAUGCCCCAUUGAGGUGAAAGAAGAUACUCGAAAGCAAGGACCAUCCUUUGCAAAGAUGCUCUCGAGUCCAUCUGAGGGGGCAUUCUGGCCGAGUUUGAUGGACAAGAAGGCAUCCGUUGAGUCUCCCUGGAGCAAGAUUUUGACAACUGCAGAACCUGCAGACGAAGACAGCACUGUUCCUGACUUUAGGCGUGCUUUCAGCUCGGACAUGGCAAUGGCUCUGCAGAAGGCCGAGGCUUCCAUGAGGGAGUCUGAGGGCUCAAAGUCCUCCCAGAAGAAGAACAGGAAGAAGCAACAGGCCGUACUUUUCUCAACAGAUAUGAAUUUCAAAAGAAACUAACCCAGAUUUUUUCUUCAUGUACCCCAAAUUCUAACUUUAUUUUGCAAAAAAAAAAACUUUUCGGGAGGAUACACAGUAGUUUAUGCAGUGUAAUGGAUUUUCAAAAAAGAAAUAAAAGAGAAAUUAAAGGGUCAGAGAUUA